GAGGGGUGUACAUUAAAUUAUUCCUGUGUUGUUAAGGAGAGAGAUAGUGACAGUCAUUGCUCUGGGCCACACAUUCGAUUUCACAGCUAGUGUUUGUGUUACAGUUCGACUUCAUUGGGACAAGCAUAUGGUAGGGAACAAGGCCCUGUUAACUAUCGUUACCGGAUUGGUGUUGGGUGAAGGUCCUUGUGGAGAAAGAUGUUCCAUUUCAGACGUCGGAAGGAGCACAGUAACAUCUCGAAAUCAUAUGUUGGACAUGAAUGGGGAUGUAUAUUUUGGAAACUGGACUUUUAAGGGCUACUACACACCAAGGAAUACCACUUACAGUGUGAUCACUGACGAAGUAUCCAAGCGACUCCUUGGCGAAGUUGCAGCCGUAAAUGUGCCUCUCAAGUGGGAACAGGAAAUAGCGGAGGUCGUUCUUGACGUUGCUCCAUAUCCAACUUCUAUGAGAGUUGACACUUCUACACAAUGCCUAGUUCAACCCCAGUAAAUGGAACAGUGUACAUCAUGAUUGCAGUCCCUGGUCCUGAUGAAAUAUACGCAUUCGUGGUCAGUAAACAGAAAACUAUAUGCAUUAUUCUUCACGGGUCUUCAUGUCAUAUGCUUCUUGAUUUAAAUUGAUUUCGAGGAAAAUAUAUAGUCGCCAAGCUC